CACGUCACUCCUCCCGCCUCCCUCCACCUUGGGAAUACUGACAUACCAAACACUAUGCCCAUGACAUACGUACAUACAUACAUACAUACCAUGAAUGACAUGAUGACAUACCAAAAACACCCUGAUCUUCAUUUUCAACCCUCGCCACCUCCGGACGGAAAACCCCGAUCGAUCGGCAAUCGUUCGGUGGCCCUCCCCCCUCCACAACCGAGAUCCGGCGUCACGUCAAAUGUCGCCAUUAAGAUUAAUGGUUAAGCAAAGUAUUGGCUGUGGCUGCCACGGGGAACCAGAUGACUCAGCUGCUCAGCCUUCAGAUGUUCCGAAUGUUUGAAAGGCUUGAAGGCUUGAAGGCUUGAAGAAGUGGCGGUGGGGCAGGUUUACUUGCCGAUUGGUUCAAACCCCCGUGGAGCAACGGAUAAGAAAACCCCUGCCGAUAGACGAAAAGCAAAAUGUAAGGCGGGAUGGCAAAUGAAAGCGAGGAGGUUUAAGGUUUACGUGGUUUGGAAUGUGUCCCUGAUUUGGGGGGGUG